AAAAAAAAAAAAAAAAAAAAGCGCCUCCAAUUCUCUCAACAUAGUCCCUGACGAUAUGGCACUGCGCAACGUCAAUGCGCUUGAAGAAUCCUUUGGAGACAUGUUCGCUCGUACUAUUGAAUAGUAGUGGGUUCCCCACAGGGGCUCUACUCUGGGGUAUCUCUAAUUGUUGGACCAUACCGACAGGUGGCUGCGACAACUCGGUAUCCACGGAUUGUAAGGACUGUUGCGGACCCUCCCAAAGAAGUAAAGUCCAGGAGAGUCCGGCAAGGGACUGUACUUUCGGAUUGGUUAAUAAAAUGGAGACCAUUUUCGUAACAACGUGCAUAGACUAAUGUAGCCAGAGAUAGAAUUGAAUUCAGCACCGUACCAAAGGUACGAAUGACGGUGGGCACCUUCACAGUAACGAUUCACGACUUCGCUUGGCUUAGUGCAGGAUACCUGCGUGUAUCUGCUUGGCACUAGUGGUCGUCGAAAAAUC